AUGGCCUCACAAGUCUUGGUCUAUCCACCAUAUGUUUAUCAAACCCAGUCAAGUGCCUUUUGUAGUGUGAAGAAACUCAAACUAGAACCAAGCAGUUGCGUGUACAACGAAAGAACCUACCCCCAAAUCUAUGUGAAUGGUAAAAACUUUGGAAUUUCUCCCCACAGGGUUAGUACAUUCUUUCAGACUAAAAAUCCAUUUGACAGACCUCGAGGACAGAACUUUUUGUUGCCGUCAAAUGCUGUUGCUUUAACAAAUAUUGCAGGUGCUACAAAAGUGUUUGCGGCGUGGGCACAGCAAGCUCAGUUAGAGGCACCUCGGGCUGGGGCAGAUACCCUGGAAGGGCCCCAGCGAUGUGGAUUGAAGCGUAAGAGCGAAGAGCUGGAUAAUCAAAACGGCACGAUGCAGAUUGUUGAUGAACUGGCCAUCCUGCCUGCAAUGUUGCAAACCAACGUGGGAAACCCGGUGACGGUCGUGACAGCGGCUGCGACUUCAAAGCCAAGUGGUACAAGUGGAGACGGAGAUUACCAGUUAGUACAGCAUGAGGUAUUGUGCUCUGUGAAAAACACUUACGAGGUUCUUGAUUUCCUUGGGCGAGGGACCUUCGGACAAGUCGUGAAGUGCUGGAAAAGGGGGACAAAUGAGAUUGUGGCGAUCAAAAUCUUGAAGAAUCAUCCUUCGUAUGCACGCCAAGGACAAAUAGAAGUGAGCAUAUUAGCGAGACUAAGUACUGAAAAUGCUGAUGAGUUUAACUUUGUGAGAGCCUAUGAAUGCUUUCAGCAUCGUAACCAUACUUGUCUGGUUUUUGAGAUGUUGGAACAGAAUUUAUACGACUUCCUGAAACAAAACAAAUUCAGCCCCCUGCAACUGAAAGUAAUACGGCCUAUUCUGCAACAGGUGGCCACUGCACUGAAAAAACUAAAAAGUCUGGGUUUAAUCCAUGCUGACCUCAAACCGGAGAACAUUAUGUUGGUGGAUCCUGUUCGGCAGCCUUACCGGGUUAAAGUAAUAGACUUUGGGUCUGCCAGCCAUGUAUCAAAGACUAUUUGUUCGACCUAUUUACAAUCUCGGUAUUACAGAGCACCAGAGAUCAUACUGGGAUUGCCGUUUUGUGAAGCCAUAGACAUGUGGUCGUUAGGCUGUGUGAUUGCAGAGCUGUUUCUUGGAUGGCCACUGUACCCAGGAGCACUGGAAUAUGACCAGAUUCGUUACAUUUCACAGACUCAAGGUUUGCCGGGAGAGCAGUUGUUGAACAUGGGGACGAAAACCGCAAGAUUCUUCUGUAGAGAAACGGAUGCACCAUAUUCUAGUUGGAGAUUAAAGACAUUGGAAGAGCACGAGGCAGAGACAGGUAUGAAGUCUAAAGAGGCCAGAAAGUAUAUUUUCAACAGUUUGGAUGAUAUAAUGCACGUGAACAUGGUGAUGGAUUUGGAAGGAAGUGACCUGUUGGCAGAGAAGGCAGAUAGGAGGGAGUUUGUCAGUCUGUUGAAGAAGAUGUUGCUUAUCGACGCCGAUUUAAGAAUCACUCCAGCUGAGACCCUGAACCAUUCUUUUGUUACCAUGAAGCACCUCCUUGAUUUUCCUCACAGCAACCAAGUGAAGUCCUGUUUUCAUAUCAUGGAUAUUUGCAAAUGCAGAUCGAAUUUGUAUGACUUAAGUAAUCGCAAUAAAACAUCACUUAUGAGACCAGUUGCCUCAGGCAGUGCAGCUAACCUGACUGCGAGCUUUACCAAAAUUGGUCCAGUGAGGAGUCAGGCAUUGACUGCAUCUGCCCAUUCAGUUUUGCACCAAGGGAUACCACUGCAGGCAGGGACUGCUCAGUUUGGUUGCAGUGAUGUUUUCCAACAGGCUUUGAUUAUAUGUCCUCCAACUCUUCAAGGAAUUCCUACAAACCAUAGUAAGCCCACCAGUUUCUCCCUGAGGGUGGAUAACGCAGUUCCGCUGGUGACCCAAGCCCGUGCAAUUCAGCCACUACAGAUUCGGGCAGGAAUCCUUUCUCAGACAUGGUCAAAUCAGACCCAGCAAAUACUGGUUCCUGCGUGGCAGCAAGUAGCGCCGGUGGCAGCUCCUGCUACAUCUCUGGCCUCUGAUCCUGUGGCUGGCCCACAGAGGCUUGGAGACUGGGGAAAGAUGAUUACCCAGGGCACCCAUUACGGUUCAGUGAUACCGCAGCCUCUUCUAACACAUCAGAUAACCUUGUCUGCCCCUCAGCCAAUUAGCGUGGGCAUUGCACAUGUUGUCUGGCCUCAGCCUGCAGCUACCAAGAGGAACAGACUGUGUCCGAACAGGAGCAAUGUGUUACAAAAUACCAAUAUCCAAAAUUCAGCCUUUAUAUCUCCAAAGAUACUUAACCUGAAGGCUGUAAAGAGAAUAAGUUGUAUAGAAGCACAGGACAAUCUUAACUCAGAAGGACGGGAAAGUGACUGUUGUGAAGCAUCAGUCAGGCUGGAUCCUGAUUCACCACUUGCAACCAAACAGCGCCAGGCUAUCUUCAUUGCCAGCUCCCCCAGCCCAGCAGUCAGCGUGAUCACCAUCAGCAGUGACACAGAUGACGAUGACAUAGGACGAACACAUUCACUCAGAGAGUGUAAAGGCAGCCUCGACUGCGAAGCCUGCCAGAACACCCUCAACAUUGACCGCGUGUGUUCUCUCAGCAGUCCUGACAGCACUCUGAGUACCAGCUCCUCUGAGCAGUCUAGUCCAUCUCCUUGCAAGAGAUCCAACAGUAUGUCAGAUGACGAACAGGAGAGUGGAUGUGAUACGGUAGAUGGUUCCCCAACUUCAGAUUCUUCAGGACAUGACAGCCCAUUUGUGGAAAAUGGCUUCGUAGCUAAUACCAAUAAAAAUAAGGAAACAAGAGCAUCUGUUAAGCCUGAGAGCAAAUCGGCUGUUUGUACGGUAGUGGUACCACCAAUGAGACUUGAAAACAGGUUACACCUUGAUGAACAGAUGGUGAAUACAGAUGCUACAUGCCAGCCACUAAAAAAGGGUCGGUCUGUCCUGGGAAGGAUAAACCAUUCUUCUGUUGUAGGAAACCGUCAGCAAAAACUGGCGUCAGCAUUCCAUCAGCAACAUGCAAACUUCAGUCAGGUUCAGCACUUUGGAUCUGGGCCGCAGGAGUGGAACGGGAACUACGCUCAUCGGAGGCAGCAGGCAUACAUCCCAGCCAGCGUCACCGGCCACGCGUUCUCCCUUCCUCAGGGAAGUCCGAACCACGCUGCUGUGCACGCUCACCUCUCUGGAGGUCCCCACCUUGGAGGACAGCCUGCUCUGCUCCCGUACCCGUCGCCAGCACCCCUUACUACUGCUGCACCCGUUGCCCACCUCCUUGCCUCGCCAUGUACCUCAAGACCCUUGUUACAACACCCAACGUACAACAUAACUCAUCCCAGUGGUCUAAUACACCAGGUUCCAGUUGGCAUAAAUCCCCGUCUCUUACCUUCCCCAACCAUUCAUCAGACUCAGUACAAACCGAUUUUCGCACCGCAUUCGUACAUUGCAGCAUCACCUGCUUACACAGGAUUUCCACUGAGUCCAACAAAACUCAGCCAGUAUCCUUUUAUGUGAGAACUCAAACACAAUCUGUUGAGGAAGCUCAAUGAUACGGAAGUUUGAUUUGAGAAGAAACAUGGUAUUUAUUAAAUAUUAGCCAUGGCACAACAGGAAAAUUUUUUUUUUUUUUUUGAAUCAUGUAGACUUGGGUGCAAUUUAAACAACUCUGAGCUUUAAAAAAACUCACUUUUAAUGUGUUUUGCACAUUUGGUAUAACUUGUCUUUGGUCAUGUUAUCUUCUUAUAUAGUAACUUUAGACAGGUGACUUAUGGGAGCAGAAACCUGGUUUUGCUCCUGCUAUUUUUUAUAAAAUUGCCUUCUAACUAGUGCAAGACACGUCUACAUUUGGGAAGCCAUUCAGUGUACAGAACCAGAGCAACAGAUGCACAUGUGUCAGCAGUACAGUGUAGAAGUAACUUGUUUGUAUCGCGUAUCUUGGUGUUUAAAUGUCGAGUCACUUAUCUAAGAGUUGAGCUGUUUUUCACAUUGCAUGUGUCUUUUGCAUGGGUGAAAAGGAAAAAAAAAAAGCCUAAACAUUGCUCUUAAAUGUUGUUGUCCUAAUAAUCUCAGCUGCAUUGUAAACUGUUCCCACACAUAGUGCCUUAAAUAUUUGAGGUUGUUAAUGUUAUUACUUACAUAUAAAUGUUGAGGACUGCAGCACUUAAAAAUUCAGAUCUGCUGACUCUUUGGUAGCGUGAUGCUCAUUUUUUGGGUUUUGUGUGGUCUGAUUUUAGUAUUGGGUGUGUUUUCCUUACUGAGAAGGCAGCAUGUUUUGCUGUAGCUGAAUUUUGCUGUCUUUUCCCCCCCACCACCCCCAGAAUGAUCUAGCUUCAAGACAAGCCUUUAGUAGUGCUUAAGAAAAGUUGAUUCAGUAGCUAUUGAGUAGUGACACACAACACAGUAUUUCGUACUGGUAA